AUGUGCAUUGUCUUCACCUGCGGCGAGCACACCUUCCGCAAGCAGGUCGAAGGCUACGAGGGCCUCGUCUGCCGCUGCUACAACUGCGGUAACUAUGCCGCGUCAGUUGUGCGCUCGCAUCCGUGGUUUACGUUUUGCUUCAUUCCCGUCCUCCCCCUCUCAAUAAAAGGCUACGAAGACGUGUCCUGCCGCAUCUGCGGCUUUGAGCAGCCGCUCUCACACCGUCCCGACGUGCAGGCCAUGCGAGGAGGAGCGGCGGCGUCAGGUGCAGUGCCAGGACAGGCGAUGCCGAUGCACCCGCCGCCUAUGGGGCCGCCGCAGGGCUGGGGGUAUGGAGGGCCGCCGCCGAAACCUGAUCAAAUGAGGUAUGGCUGA